GGCAGGGAAGAUGCAAUCCCUGCGGAGAGGAUCGACCGGUCAUGUCCCCGAACAGGACAACGGCGUUCAGCUCAGUUGAACUUGGCCCAGCGGUCGGAUGCGACCCCGCAAGUCUUGUCAGAUGAUGAAUAGGCUUGGUCAUUCUUGGCUGAUUGUCUUUGCGCCGGCAUAUUCUUCUACUCAAAGAAAGAGCACAUCAAACGGUAGCUUUUUCGAUAGAGUGGGCAAGCAAGUCAGAUGUGGGUCGAUCAUGAUAGCUACUCAUGUAGCACAGGGCAAGCCGGACUCAUUUUAUCACCUCCCUCCUUCUGCAAGGAUCAAAAGAGUGCUGUUAUAGGGAAGCUUCUCCUCGAAAGGGUGCCCUUCCGAGGCUAUCGAGUCGAUAAAAGCGGAGGUCCAAGCGUGACGAAGCCAAUCUGGCGAUCCGACGGCUGAUGGUCUUAAUUGGUCGCUUAGUAGAGUAGAUA